ACUCUAUUCCAGAUACAGAGGCUACGACGAGUUGCAAAUUACUUCCCCAAGGACAACAUGACGUGGUUGAGAACACCCAACGUCCUGAGGUGGACGUCGACCGACCUGCAGUACGUGGCAGUCACCGUGAUCUUGGCUCUCACCUUCAUUUGGUUCUUCAAGAGGCAGCGGAGGAUAUCAAUGAUCGAGAAGAUUCCGGGACCAAAAGGACUCCCCUUCCUUGGCAAUGCACUGGAUGUCAACCUACCGCCACGAGAACUGUUUCUCAAGAUCUGUGAAUUCUGUGACUACGGCAAGAUAACCAGAGUAUGGCUUGGCCCUCAGCCUUACUGCCUUAUCUCCGGGGCGAAGGUGACGGAGGCAAUUCUGAGCAGCCAGAAGCACCUGGACAAGAGCCGUGACUAUGACUUCCUGCAUCCUUGGCUGGGCACGGGUCUCCUCACGUCCACAGGCUCCAAGUGGCACUCGCGAAGGAAGCUCUUGACACCCGCCUUCCACUUCAAGAUUCUGGAGGAUUUUGUGGAGGUUUUCAAUCAACAAAGUAACUGCAUGGUCCAGCGACUGCAGAAGAAAGCCGAUGGGAAGACCUUUGACAUCUUCCCUUACAUCACCCUCUGCGCUCUCGACGUCAUCUGUGAGACUGCCAUGGGUCGUGUACUUGGGGCUCAGGCGGACAUUGAGUCGCAAUAUGUCAAGGCUCUUUACAGAAUUGGAACCCUCGUGCAGCAGAGGCAAUCCCGUCCUUGGCUGCAACCAGACAUUCUCUUCAAGCUUUCCGGUUACCAGAAGGAGCACGACGCCUGCCUCAAAGUGCUCCACGAAUUCUCCAACGAGACCAUCAAGAGCAGACGCCUAGACUACCUGGAAAGGCAGAAGAAUAAGGAUCAGAACACGGCAGAGGACGAAGCUAUCGGCAAGAAGAAGCGACUCGCCUUCUUGGACCUUCUGCUGGAGUACUCGGAGAACGUCUCGCGGCUCUCGAACGAGGACAUCCGCGAGGAGGUCGACACCUUCAUGUUCGAGGGGCACGAUACCACGGCCGCCGCCAUCAACUGGUCGGUCUACCUUCUCGCCAGCAAUCCCGAAAUUCAGACCCGCGUCCACGAGGAAUUAGACUCGAUCUUCGGAGGCUCGGAUCGCCCCAUCACCAUGGCCGACCUGAGAGAAAUGAAACUAACGGAGAACUGCAUCAAGGAGGCGCUCCGGCUGUUCCCCUCCGUGCCCUUCCUCGCUCGCGAACUCAAGGAGGAUGUCGUUGUCGACGACUACUGCAUCCCCUCUGGCACCACGGUGACGGUGGUGACCUACCGCCUCCACCGCGACCCGGAACAGUUCCCUAACCCGGAAGUCUUUGACCCUGACCGCUUCCUGCACGAGAACUGUAAGAGUCGUCAUCCUUAUGCGUAUGUCCCCUUCAGCGCUGGUCCAAGGAACUGCAUUGGCCAAAAGUUCGCCCUAAUGGAAGAGAAGAUACUGUUAAGCCACAUCAUGCGUAGUUUCCGCGUGGAGAGCACCGUCAAACGAGAGGACCUCAGGCUCAUCGGAGAGCUCGUCCUGCGCCCCGAGAAUGGGAAUCAUGUCAAGCUUUUCCCGAGAGAAGCUCACUAGGGCUGCCAAUCUGUCAAACGGGUAGUCAGAGAAGCACGUGACAAGAAGCCCGUGUAUCGAUGACUGCUGAACGGUGGUGAAGAAAUUUGAAGUUUAUUUAACACUAACAGGAGGCGAUAUUUUGUCAAUGAAAUGAGUCGCCAAGAGGAUUUGUUACCAAUUUGAUUGUUUUGUGAGGAUUUAUAAUAUUCUCUCAUUUUAAUUUAAACAGAUACACACACACACACACACACACACACACACACACACACACACACACACACACACACACACACACACACACACACACACACACACACACACACACACACACACACACACACAC